AUGGCAAUGAGGGAUAGUUUUGAUGCAAGAGAUGAUUCUAUGUUGGUUCAUUUCUCAAAAGCAGGUAAUGCAAAAAUGGUUGCCUUUCUGCUGCACAAUUCACCAGAAAAAGAAAUAUAUAAGUCAUUGAACAAGGCUUGCAGUUACAAUCAUGUUGAUGUUGUGGACAUGCUUCUAAAGACAGGUGUUGUUUAUGACCUCAAAACUUGUUUCUAUGCUGUGCAAAGUGGAAAUGCUGAGAUGCUGUUCCGUUUCACAGAAAACGUAGAUGUUUAUCAAACAGAAUUUUCAAACCAUCCUAAUCAUUUAUUUCUGAAAGUAAGCUUGCUUCAUGAAAUUUGUCUCCUUGGACAAAAUCAACUUAUAAAUCGUGUAAUUGAGCAUUACCCAUCAGUACUUGAUGUACAAAAUAGCCAAGGUGGGAAUGCACUUCAUUUUGUUGCAUAUGCCGGACAGAAAGAUGCUUUUAUAACGUUAAUACAAAAUGGGUCCGAUCCUUAUUCUAGGAGUCAUCAUGGCUCUACUGUUCUUCAUUACGCUUGUCAAAAUGGUAAGUUAGACUUGGUGAAGUAUAUCUGUGAUAAAUAUCCUGAUUUACUCACAGAGGAAUUUGAUGACUAUCAUGGCCGCUCUUCUCUCCACUGGGCUGCGCAGUCAGGAAAUAUUGAGCUAUAUAAAUACCUUUUAAAAAAGGAUGCCUCUUUAUCAAUUAUGUUUUGCCAGGAUAAUCCAAUAGGAAUGGCUUGUUUGAAUGGAAAACUUGAAAUGUGUAAGUAUUUAGUCAAAUAUCAUUCAAAAUUAUUUGAAUGCAAAAUGCGAAAUGGAUAUAAAGUAUUACAUCAGGCAGCUUGGGCAGGAAAUGUUGAUAUUUUCAAGUGUAUGUUUCAUGAAGUCUUAGAUAUUGAAUGCAAAACAGAUAGCGGCAAAACAGUUCUACACAUGUGCUGUAUGAAUGGUAAGGUAGAUAUGUGUAAGUACCUUCUAGCAAACUACCCUGAUUUAGUAAAAAUCAUUGACAAUGAUGGCUGGACUGUUUUACUUCAGGCAGCUUGGGGAGGAAACAUUGAAAUCUUCGAGUUACUCAUAAAAGAAGGCUUAGAUGUUAAUAGCACAACUAAUCAAGGUGAAACAGUCUUACACCUUUGCUGUUUAAGUGGAAAAUACAAGAUGUGUACGUACCUGGUCAACAAGCACCCAGACUUGGUAAAAAAAAAUGACUUCAGGGGGUUUAAUGUGUUGCAUUCUGCGGCUUGGGGGGGAAAUAUCAAUAUUUUCAAGAAUCUGAUGGAGAGAGGUUUAGAUGUUAAAGGUACAUCAAAUUAUGGUCAUACAGCCGUACACGAAAGUAGUAUGAAUGGUAACUUUCAGUUGUGCAAGUACUUGGUGAAGAAUUACCUUGAGCUAGUAGAAGUAAUUGACAAUAAUGGAGAAAGUGUACUACAUAAAGCAGCCUUUGCAGGAAAUGUUGAUAUCUUUAAGCUCCUUGUAGACAAAAGAUUGGACAUAACAAGUACAACAAAUGAAGGUAAAACAGUUCUACACCUGUGCUGUAUGAAUGGUAAUUUACAGAUGUGUAAGUACUUAGCCAGUAAUUACCCUUGCGUUGUUAAUAUCAUUGACAAUGAUGGAAUGACUGCAUUACACUGUGCAGCCUUUGGAGGAAAUGUUGAAAUUUUUAAGUUUUUGAACCAAAAAAGAUUAGAUGCAGAAAACACAUCAGAUCAAGGUAAAACUGUCGUACAUUGGUGCUGUAGAAAAGGAACCCUAGGCAUGUGUAAGUACUUGGUCAAUAACUAUCAACACUUGUUCGAAUUCAAAGACAAUGAUGGAUUGACUGUAUUACAUGACGCAGCAUGGGGAGGAGACGUUGGAAUUUUCAGGUUUCUAAUAAGCAAUGGCUUAGAUGUUAACAGUAAAACAAAUGCCGGUAAAACCGUCCUACAUUACUGUUGUAGGAAUGGUAAAUUAGAACUUUGUAGGUACCUGGUCCAAAUACACCCCGAGUUAGUCAAAUGUAUGGACAGUGAUGGCAGAAAUCUGUUACAUGAUGCAGCUUGGGGAGGUAAUGUUGAUAUUUUCAAGUUUUUGAUUCAAAUAGGCUUAGAUGUUGAAAUUACAACAUACAUCGGUAAAACAGUCAUGCAUGAAUCUUGUCUAAAUGGGAAAAGAGAAUUGUUCAAGCAUUUGGUCAACAAUUACUCUGGCUUACUAAAAAUCAAUGACAAUAAGGGGGAGAGUGUGUUGCAUGACGCAGCCUGGGGUGGUAAUAUUGAUAUUUUAAAGCUUCUAAUAGAAAAAGGCUUAGAAGUUAAGAGUACAACAGAUGUAGGUGAAACUGUCCUACAUCGAUGCUGUAGGAAUGGACAGUCACAGAUGUGUAGUUUCUUAGUCAAAAAUUAUCCUUACUUAAUCAAAAUCGAUGACAUUGAAGGCAAAAAUGUGUUACAUGAUGCAGCCUUUGGAGGAAAUAUAUAUGUCUUAAAACUUCUGUUGAGCAAAGGCCUAGAUAUUAAAAGUACAACAGCUGUAGGUAAAACAGUUCUACACCAGUGCUGUAUGAGUAAUAACUUUCAGAUGUGUAAGUACUUAGUCAACGCUCAUCCUGAACUCGUCAGUAUCAGUGACAAUGAUGGAAAAAAUGUGUUACAUGAUGCGGCAAGAGGGGGUAAUGUAGAUGUUUUCAGGUUUCUGAAAGAGAAAAACUUAGAUGUUAAAAAAACAACAAAUAAAGGUAAAACAGCCCUACACUACUGCUGCAAAAAUGGUAAGUUACAGAUGUGUAGGUAUUUGAUUAAUGAUCAGCCUGACUUGGUGCAAAUUGUUGACAGUAGUGGCAUAAAUGUUUUGCAUGAAACAGCCAGGGGAGGAAAUGUUAAAAUCCUCAAGUUUCUUUUAGAUAAAGGAAUAGAUGUUAAAAAUACGUCAUUUACAGGUAAAACAAUCUUACAUUUCUGUUGUAAGAAAGGACAAAAGGAAAUGUUAAAGUAUGUUAUCAGUAAAUACCCAUCCUUAGUCAAAAGUAUUGACAAUGAUGGCUGCAAUCUUUUGCAUGAUGCAGCUUGUGGAGGAAAUAUUGAUAUAUUCAAACUUUUGAUAAAACACAACUUGGAUGUAAAAAGUAAAACAAAUAAAGGCAAAACAGUCUUACAUCUGUGCUGUAAGAAUGGUUGGAUAGGAUUAUGCCUGUACUUAGUAGAGAAUUAUCAUUGUUUGAUCAAACUUUCUGAUAAUAAAGGAAAGACCGCGUUACAUGACGCGGCAUGGGGAGGGAAUAUCGAUGUUUUCAAGGUUCUAACUAAGCAAAACAUUGAUGUUACAAAUACGACAAACACUGGCAAAACAAUCCUACACUUUUGUUGCAUGAACGGUAAGUUACAAAUGUGUAAAUUCUUGGUAAAAAAUUACCCUUUUUUAAUAGAAAAAAUUGACAAUGAUGGAGAAACCCUGUUACAUAGCUCAGCCUGGGGUGGAAAUGUAUAUUUAUUUAAGUUUCUGAUAGGUAAAGGAUUAAAUGUAAACAGUAAAACAAAAGAAGGUAAAACAGUCCUUCACAUGUGCUGCAUGAAUGGUAAGGUUCAAAUGUGUAAGUACAUAGUCGAGAAUCAUCCUGACUUAGUAAGAAUUAGUGACUAUGGUAGAAAGACUGUAUUACAUGAAGCAGCAUGGGGUGGAAACAUUAAAGUUUUCAAGCUUUUGAUAGACGAAGGCUUAGACGUUUACGAUAAAACUAACAAAGGUAAAACAGUCCUACACAAAUGUUGUAUUAACGGUAAAGUGCAGAUAUGUGAGUACUUAGUCAGUCAUCAGCCACAGCUACUGACCGUUCAGGAUAAUGAUGGGUUAAAUGCAUUACAUGAUACAGCUAUCGGGGGAAACGUAGAACUCUUUAAGUUUCUGUUGGAGAAAGGUCUAGAUGUCCACAGUAAAACAGGUUCCGGUCAGACCGUCCUACACCUCUGUUGUCACGUGGGUUGUCACGUGGACAAACAGGCAAUGUUUGAUUACUUGAUAGAGUCUUACCCAGAUCUAUUAUAUGUUGUGGACAAUGAGUGUAAUACGGUCCUACACGUCGCUUGUGCCCAAAAUCAAACAAAAAUAUGUAGCUCUCUGGUUGAUAAGUUUCCUGAUUUACUUAAUAUUAAAAAUAAGAAUGGGGAGAAAGUUGUUGUGUGUUUAGUUGAAGGCAAGAGGCAAUUCAAAAUGAAAAAACGAACGUUAGGAACAAAUUUUUUCCGGAAAUUCCUCUUACAGUAA